AUGAUGCUCGCCAAACCGUUCGGCGCGCUUCUGGUCGCACUGCUCUCCGUCGGCCUCCCUUCCAGUGUCGAUGCAGUUACGAUCCAAAAGCCUGGUCUCACGCAAUCUGCCACCUCGAAAACGCGCGCCGACCAAAUCAAAGCCGCAUAUCGCACAUCGUACGAAGCCUACCUCAAGUACGCUUUGCCGCACGAUGCCUUGCUCCCGCUCUCCAACGGCUUCGAGGAUACAUUUGGAGGUUGGGGCGCCACCGUCAUCGAUUCCCUCAGCACUUCGUUCCUCAUGGGUCACAAGGACCUGUACGACCAGGGCGCGGAAAGAAGGAGCAGAAGCUGA